GUAAAAGGUACUCCCUAUUUAAGUCUGCUACGUAUCCUACGCAAUUUCAGUCGGUGUAUUGUGCGUGACUUGGUUGGAUUCACAUUUUUUCUUCUCGAUCCAUUUUUUCCCUUCGUGUGGACGUUAAGGAAUCCUUCUUCUCGGGAUAUAGAAUGAGGUCGAUUUGUGUAGCCCUGUUCCUCUUCAUUGGGUGCAGUCAAGCCCUGCAGCUUCGGUCACCGGUGUACUCGGCCAAAAAUGGGGGCGGUUCGACCCCAGCGAAACAAGCCGAAUUGCCACUCGCCUCCCCCGCCAUGCCGGCCCCGCAACAGGCACAAGCUCGAGAGGGAACCGUUCCAGUGACCGGGGACGCCGCGGCGGUCAACACCUCGCCCAACAAUGCGCAGAACUACAUGGUCUACUACUACCCCGAAUAUCGUGCUGGACAGACCCCCGCGACUGCAGUCCCGUACGACUCCUCCCCCUCGGUCUUCUCCCGAAUUCCGUGGGUGGACGUCGGCUACGUGGUCGUUUCCUUGGGCUUGAUCAUUGCCGGCGGAACCGUCGUGUACAACGGGGUCGGCUCCCAGGUCAAAACCAGGGCGAUGCGGGAACUUGCCGGAAUCGACUUUGACGACGCGUCCAACGUCGCCAGAAGAGUUCUCAGGGCCAUCGAGAAGUUCCAAAAUAUGAAUGUGGAGACUCAGUAAGAAAGAGGAGAAAGUGACGAGAUUUUCAUCAUUUUGGAAUUUGCCGUGCAUACUAAUGUACAUUUUAUGAUUAAUCAAAUAAACAAAAAAGACUGAGCAUUACAUUACAAUCAGAAGAAGAGUCGUACUCAAGGAGAAAAAAGACUUGUAUUAAAAUUAUUGUAGAAUAAUUUAUUUGUGAGUUGGUUACUACUGAUGUUUCGAAUUUUGUAGGAUUAUUAGUUGUUACUACAAUUAUGUUAGUGCUCGUGUAACCCGUUUCACACACCUCUCUACCUGCAUGCCUCUCAUACAUUCAUCUCUUUCGUGUCAUGAUAUCUUCACUUUCCAACAACAACGGCAUUUUCAUUGUGACGUCAUUUGGUCACUCUUUUUCAAAAAGUGUUCACAAAUUUUGUAGGUUUUUAAUAUAGUAAAUAAGUAUAUUCUAGGAAUUUCAGCAAUAAAUACAAGUGUUAAACUUAUUUAGAAAUAAAUCGGUUAUUAAUUAAUUAAUUAAUACUUUCUCUUCGACCUAUUUCUUCAUACCUUGUAAUCAAAUUUGAAUUUUAUUAAAUAAAAAUUUAAUAAAUAAAUAAAUAGUUUCUUUCCAUUUUUUAACGCAUAUGAAAAUUAUCUAUGAUUAUUUCAUUACCAAAUUUUCAAUAAACAGAUAAGUGAGACAGGCAUUAAAUCAAGAUACUCAAAUUCUAUCGCAUUCCUUCAAAUUAAUUACAAUAAUUUAUUAAUAACUAACUAACUAACCACUUAUUAAACGUUCCUUUAACUACUGUUAGAGACGAAUGCAACUGUUGAUGGAGCAGUUUCCACUAUUUUUCGUCAUA